AUGUCUCGAAGAUCUAUUCCGAGAUGCUUCAACCAAGCCAAGCGUCUCUCCUUUCCCCUUCCUUAUUCUCGUUCAAGACCGUUUUCUAUAUCAGCACCGCGCCGUAUGAAUCCUUUGAUGGAGACAAGUGGGUUCUCAGAUACGCAGUUACAAGUGAGAGAGGCGAUUGCAAAGAUAUGCUCAAACUUCCCAGACGAAUACUGGGCGGCCCAUGAUGAGUCCGGAGAGUACCCCCAUGAAUUGCAUGCGGCCUUAUCAAAAGAUGGCUGGAUUGGAAUUGCCCUACCAGAAGACCUCGGUGGGUCUGGAUUGGGGAUAUCAGAAGCCACGAUGAUGUUGCACACAAUUUCAGAGAGCGGUGCUGGCAUGGCAGGAGCUCAAUCUAUCCACGCCAAUGUAUACGCCACUCAACCGGUAGCCAAAUUUGCAACCCCAGAGCAACGACAAAGAAUGUUACCAAAUCUUAUCAAUGGCAAGUCACGGGUCUGCUUCGGAGUGACAGAGCCAAACACCGGUCUUGAAACUCUGAAACUCAGGACCCGAGCCGUGCGUGAUGGAGACAACUACAAGGUUUCCGGCCAGAAGAUAUGGAUUUCCUCUGCUCAAGUAGCCUCAAACAUGGUUCUGCUUGCACGCACCACUCCGCUGGAGGAGGUUAAAAAGCCAUCCGAAGGCCUCUCACUCUUCUUCAUUGAUUUCGACAAGAACCAGCCGGGACUCGAACUGAAGAAGAUCAAGAAGAUGGGCGGAAGAGCAGUGGAUGCUAAUGAGGUUUUCUUCGAUAACUAUAGUAUCCCCAGCGAUUCAUUGAUCGGGAAAGAAGGCCAGGGAUUCAAGAUCGUCCUCCAUGGUAUGAAUGCCGAACGAUGUCUUCUCGCUGGAGAAGCACUAGGACUUGGCUACGCUGCUUUGUACCGAGCUUCGAGAUACGCCAAAGAGCGAAUCGUAUUUGGGCGUCCUAUUGGGAUGAACCAGGGGAUCCAGCAUCCUCUCGCGGAUGCUUACAUGCACCUUGAAGCUGCGAAGUUGGCCACGUACCAUGCCGCAAGACUCUACGAUCAGUCAAGGACAGAUGAAACUAUUACGCUAGCAGCGGUGGGAGUCGCAUGUAAUAGUGCUAAGUAUUUGGCUGCUGAGGCGGCAUUCAAGGCUUGCGAGAGGAGCGUAUUGAGUUUAGGCGGGAUGGGAUAUGCACAGGAGUAUCAUGUAGAGAGGUAUUUGAGGGAAUGUUUUGUGCCUCGGAUUGCGCCUGUAUCGAGGGAGAUGAUUAUGAAUUUUGUGGGAGAAAAGGUCUUAGGCUUGCCCAGAAGCUACUGA